UUCUUGAGUAUAAAUAUGGGCUCUCCCCAGCAAAACUUGUUUUUCUUUUUCUUCAUUACACUGUUCGGUUAUAGUGCGCGAGGUUAAAUCCACAGCUUCUACUUCUUCGGAAGUUGGAGCGUAGGGGUUGGCCAUAACAUUUAGUUUGCGUAGCUAUUUCUUUUUCAGUAAUAACAGCGGAUUAUUGUAGGACCAGCUCGGCUGGAUCCUUGAGCUUCCUUCGGGCUGCUCGGUGAAGGUUGGAUUGGACUCACCCUAUGAUGAUCUACGCGGUAAAUUCCUAUGCCUGCCGUAAUCUUCUGCUGCUCUGCAGUUAUGACGGAAUUGGCAACAACCUUACCGUGGUCAUUCCACAUUUCAGUAGUUAAUAAGAAAAUGAUAAAAAAAAUUUUCACCCGCACCGUCGUCCGAGCGUCCCCGUGGCUUGUCUUGCACCAUCCAAAUGUCGAAGCAAGUGACAGUGCCAAUCCUAUGCCUUACCAGCUCAUUGAAAAGAAGGGUGUUUUACUAAAACCUAUACCACGCAUUACAACGAGUGUGCUGUCUCGUGAUUAGUGUUUCAGAGUAAAUAACUUGGCCUUGUAUAUGGGAAAGGAUAUGUAUAAAAAUUUUUUAUAUGUAUAUAUAUAGCUGAU